AACAAGAUGUAAUUCCAUGCCGAAUCCACUACCUUGUUUAAAUUCAUACACUCCCUGCAUCUGUACUCUGUUCUGUUUCAGUUCAGAAAAGUUUGAAAUACACAGAACAUAGAGAAUACCUCCAAUUUAGGAAGUCUGAUGUAUGCCUCUUAGUUCCACAUACUUACUACAUAAAGGGUAAUGCUGAACAAUUGCAUGUUAGUUCUGUAAUUGCAUUCCUUAGUUCUGUAAGGUUUUUCUCUAACUACUCAGAUCCAUCAUGUUUGGGGAAAGAUACUGUGGUAAAAGCUAUGGAGCGGGGCAAUUAUUCCACGUAUGCCGACCUUAUCCUCUUGGGUUUGUUCAGCAACUCCCCUUUCCCCUGGCUUCUCUUUGCCGUCAUUCUCCUGGUCUUUGUGACCUCCGUAGCCAGCAACAUGGUCAUGAUCAUUCUCAUCCACAUAGACUCCCGCCUCCACACCCCCAUGUACUUCCUGCUCGGCCAGCUCUCCCUCAUGGACAUCCUGUACAUCUUUACCAUUGUGCCCAAAAUGCUGGUGGACCAGGUGAUGAGCCAGAGAGCCAUUUCCUUUGCAGGAUGCACUGCCCAACACUUUCUCUACUUGACCUUAGCAGGAGCUGAGUUCUUCCUCCUAGGACUCAUGUCCUAUGAUCGCUACAUAGCCAUCUGCAACCCUCUGCACUAUCCUGUCCUCAUGAGCCACAAGAUCUGGUUGAUUGUGGCGGCAGCCUGGCUGGGAGGGUCUAUCGAUGGUUUCUUGCUCACCCCCGUCACCAUGCCGUUCCCCUUCUGUCCCUCUCAGGAGAUCAACCACUUCUUCUGCGAGGUCCCUGCCCUUCUGAAGCUCUCCUGUGUGGACACAUCCGCCUACGAGACAGCCAUGUAUGUCUGCUGUAUUAUGAUGCUCCUCAUCCCUUUCUCUGUCAUCUCAGCCUCUUACACAAGAAUUCUCAUUACUGUUCAUAGGAUGAGUGAGGCCCAGGGGAGGCGAAAGGCUGUGGCCACCUGCUCCUCACACAUGGUGGUUGUCAGCCUCUUCUAUGGGGCUGCCAUGUACACAUACGUGCUGCCUCACUCCUACCACACACCUGAGCAGGACAAAGCUGUGUCUGCCUUCUACACCAUCCUCACUCCCAUGCUCAACCCACUCAUUUACAGCCUUAGGAACAAGGAUGUCACAGGGGCCCUACAGAAGGUUGUGGGGAGGUGUGUGUCCUCAGGAAAGGUAACCACUUUCUAAAGAAAUUGCAUGUGCUGCUAGAGACUUCAAAUGGAUACGAGACUUCAUCAUUGCCCUUGAAUUUAAAUAUUCUCUGCCUGGAAACAAGUCACCCCCAUGCCAGCAACUGUGUAGGGCAUUUAUGGGAUUUGGAAAGCUGCCUGGGAUUUUAAGGACUUCAUUUUUUGAAAGGUAUGAAGAUUCCGAACAAUGAACAAUUUAGGAUGGGGGUAGGCAUAAAGUUGCAGUUUUAGUAGUCACCCAUCAGCUUUUAACAAGGUGUGCAUUCCUCUAAAAAUCAUGGAGUAGCCUGUUUCUGGCUCCACUCAGUCAUGACGAAAGAAAAGGUCAUCUUCAGCUACCUCCCUGACUUCUCUUGACUUUUCCCCUUCAGAUACUCUUUGUCCAUUGACCAUUAUAAUCAACUCAUCAAAUAUUUUCAUAUUCUGAACAUAGCAGUCACCAUCUUAUCCUCAGGCUGUGUUCUAAGACUUUUGGGGGAAGCCUGAAACCAUAGUAUAGAACUGUAGAACCUGACUGCUGUCAGUCACAACACAUCUUCUCGUCUUCUACCAUAAAUGUGUAAUACGUUUUCUUUCUUACCUAAGCACUUGCCACGUUCUGCAGUUUUUUGAGGUGUGACAGCAAAAUUACCACUAAUGUGUUUUUCCUUCUACCCAAUUUCGAAGAUUCAUCCUUACUGUAGAUCUUGGCAACCUCAGCAUAUAACUUUUUCUUGCCAGAACCUCCAGUUAAGAACUUAUUGGAAUGUGUCUCUGAUAUGGUUUGGCUGUGUCUGCACACAAAUAUCUUGAAUUGUAGCUCCGAUAAUCCCCAUGUGUAGUGGGAGGGGCCUGGUGGGAGGUAAUUGAAUCCUGGGGGUGGGUUUUUCCCAUGCUGUUCUCAUGAGUAAGUCUCACGAGAUCUGAUGGUUUUAAAAGGGUUGGUUCCCCUGCACGUGCUUCUUGCCUGCUGCCAUGUAAGACAUGCCUUUGCUUCUCCAUCUUCCACCAUGGUUGUGAAGCCUCCCCAGCCACGUGGAACUGAGCCCAUUUAACCUCUUUCUUUAUAAAUUACCCAGUCUUGUGUUUUACAGCAGUGUGAAAAUGGACUAAUAGUCUGUUUUUCAGAGACAUGAACAGAGGGCCAAUAUCUUUAGAAAUAUAGAACACUUAAUUUUUAAGUCUUAUAGGAACUAGCAAGGUUUUGCCAAAUACAGAUUCACCCUAAAUGUCAAGUGGCACUUUGGAAUGGAGUGAGUGGGCAGGCAGACUUACCUGAAAUUAAAACAGAAUCUCAACUCCAAACUGGGAGUCACUCUUGGCUUGUAGCAACCAAGUCUAUACCUACUGAUAUAAAAGGAUUACUUCUUGAAAAGAGUUAAAGGGGGGAAGGAAGAGAAGAGGAAAAAAGUGAAUAAGAAACAUGAAAAGGAAGAUUGAGACACCACAAAAAAUCUCUUGUGAAAAGUUAUCUAGUAUAAUUUAGACUAAGUUCAACACUAGACAAUAUUGUGACACAUGGGUUAGAAACUAAUACCAAUCAAUACAUUGUUCACAGGUCUGUUAUUUUUCCUUGGGAAAGUUGGUAAUACAAGCCCAACCUAAAUUGAUACAGCAGCACUUCUCACGCUUUCAUGACAUAAAUGACAUAACUAUAAAAAUUAGUUAUAUGACACCUUGAGGAAAACUGAUGUGGCUGUUCACAGCAAAAUCAACCCCCCUGUGGCUAUAGCCAGAUCGGGCACUGAAGGCCACUCCAGGGUUGAGAGGAUCAAUAUUGGUUGUAACCCAUUUGUGGCUCUGUAGAAAGACACAUCACACCAGAGGGAAGAGUCUAUCCAAUCAAUCCAAUAGCUAGUUGGAGAACUUUUAUUUAUGGAUGGAUGACAUAUAAAAACCCUUAAGAAGAAUUUAUCGAAUCACAUUCUAAAGGCUGAAAAGGUAUAGGGUUUUCUGCUUAUCUGUAACAUAGAGGGAAUAAGGUACAUGUCCAAUGGAUUUAUGAUGACUAGAAAUCAUAAGUAAUGUGCCCAUUAGCUGACUUAAUGCGUGAAAGCAUUCAAUGAUGUUUGGGAAGCAGAACUUUAGUAAUAAGACCACUUUUUCCCCAUUAGAGAAAUAAAUGUUAGGAAGUUCAAUUUUCCUAAUGUUUAAAUAUCUUAAUGUGCUCUGGUGAAAAAAUUUUAGAAAAUGUAUAACUUGU